UCCAGUGGCUCCAGUUCUGAGGACUAUGCCUGGACACUUCUUUUCCCUGUGUAUUCAUUGGUUUUUAAGCUUCUCGCGAGAUCUGAUACCUCUGUGGGCGGAGGAGCCGGAGAGUUCUAUCUACGCUGCAGGAAAAUGAGUGAAUCUUUGGUUGUGUGUGAUGUUGAUGGAGAACUGGUAGAAAAGCUCCGCAAGUUUCGUUUUCGGAAGGAGACCAAUAAUGCUGCCAUUAUCAUGAAGAUUGACAAAGACAGACAAUUGGUCAUCCUGGAUGAAGAACAUGAGAACAUCUCUCCUGAUGAACUGAAAGAUGAACUUCCAGAAAGGCAGCCACGAUUUGUUGUAUACAGCUAUAAGUACCAGCAUGAUGAUGGUCGUGUUUCUUAUCCUCUCUGUUUCAUUUUUUCAAGUCCUUUAGGAUGCAAACCUGAGCAGCAGAUGAUGUAUGCUGGAAGCAAAAACAAACUUGUACAAACGGUGGAACUUACAAAGGUGUUUGAGAUAAGGAACACAGAAGACCUGACUGAGGAGUGGCUUCGUGAGAAACUUGGUUUCUUUCGUUAGACUGCGGCAGUGUGGUAACGUGUUGUUACCAAGGGAGCAAAUGUAUUUUUUUAACACAUGACUGUCAUUUAUGUUUUUUUUUUUUUUUUUGUAUUAUUUUUGGUCAUUCAACUAUUCUAGAAACCAGUGAUAACAGUUUUGUAGAAAACGAAAAGGAUGGUCUUAGACCAGUAACCAAUAUAAUACUUCAAAAAAAGUGUACCAUAUUACAUAGUGUUGUUCUCAUUAAAUCUUCUGUUCUUGGCCUCCACGUGUUUGCAGCAUUGUGCCAGUAAAUUGUGAUCCAGUUCAAAUGUCUUUAUUUCCUUGUAAGUUUCUAGUAUGCAUUGCAUACAGUGCUAUAAGCAAACCAAAAUGAAUAAUCUUAACCAUUAUUGUCUUUAUUGCUAAUGUCUGACAUCUCCUUCCAAAGGCAAGGGUAAUAUAUUUAGCUUCUGAAUGCAAAGUAUUCUGUGUUAAUUUGGUUAAAAGGAUUUAAGACCAUAAAAACAUUUUACUUCUGCAUUUAUAUGUAAAUUGCAUUUGGAAUGCUCAUGCCACAUGCAUUAGGCACUUCCUUUGAAAUGGACACAUAUUUGAAAAGUCUAAUUUUACUAUAACAUAGAGGACAUUUGUUUCAAGAUUAAGGGAAAACGUCCUCCUCCAAAUAAAAUUAUUUGUGAUAGCAAGUGAUCAUUAUAAGUUUGUUUAUCAUUGCCAUCUUCACUGAGAUGGGAUACAUUUUGACCUUAGUUUGUCUUUUUUCAGUAUUGUAACAUUCUUGUGUUUUAUAAGGGUUUUCUAUACAGUAGAUGCUUGCCUUACUACCAUCCAGUCACCUAUAGGCUUAGUCGGCUAGAUGCAUCAGCUCUAAGUUGUUGUUUGCUUUAGGAUAACCUGAUAUACACUUAAUGGUAUUACUUUUUUGGUUUAUGUUUGUAAUUGCCAUGAUCCUAAAAGCAGUUACUUUCUAUAAGUGAAUUACUAGACAGGUUUUAAUGCUUUAUUAUCUGUGAAAUUGUGUUUUUCAUGUAAAGUAUCUUAAAAAUAGAAGGCCAAAUUUAAAGUGUGCUAAUAGGUAACUGUUAAAUGUUCUAGUCAUAGUGCUCUGGCUAUAACAUACUUAUGCAUGUAUUUCAUGCUUUUUGCAUUGUGGGCCUCGUUUCCCAUGGCUUAUGUUAACUACUGGCUGGAGACGCGCUCUCACAUGGUUUUUGUCAGUAGUAAAUACAGAAAGACUUUUCAGGCUAAACAAAACUAUCUGAUGGCCUUCUGUUGAGCUGAAUCACAUGAUACCCUGUUCCACAUUUUCUUAUUAAUUUUUGACUUACUGUACUGUACUCUAAGCACUGUAUUGGUGCCAAGAAAGACUUGUAGGAAAGUAGAAUGUGUUAUAUUUUGAUACAUGUGAGGUUUGUUUCAGGUACUCCUUAUUCAAAAGAAUGAAUAUGGUGUUCUUUAAAUUACCUACAGAUGUACUUGAAAUAAAUUGAAUUGUUGGGGAGGGUCUUGCAUGCAAAAUGAGGAAGAUAUUUAAAUAAUUCCAGCUUUAGAUUUUUAUUAUCCAAAUGAAGUGUUCAUAGCAGCAUAUCACCAUUUGCAUAGAUAUUUUAGAAAAUCACACAAUAUUGUGUCUAGUAUUUAGUGUAAACAAUUGCUGAAAUACAAGUUUAGAAAUUAAAUAUCCAUUUCAACACUAAAAUUGUUCAUGUUAUGCACUAUUGAAGAAUGACCUAAAACAAUUAAUUUCCCAAAAAUGUUUACUAUUCUUACAAAAAACAAAGUUGUGAACUUUAUAAAGAUGGACCUAAACAGUUCAGUGGGAGACCAUGCUGUCUUCUCAUUUAUUACCAUGCACAGUUAUUGUAUGAAAUUAUUUAAAGUUAGAUUUUUAAGAUCUUGUCAGUAUUCAGUCAUGUCCAACAGCACUUGAAAAUGUGUGUAAUAACAAGGAAUUGUGCAAUCAUUUCUCAUUUGUCUUCCAUAUUCUGCUGUGAGAACUUGUCAAAUUCCUGACAUAACAGAUAUUUAUUAUAGUUUACAACAUCUGUCUCCUAUCCCUUUGUUUUUGUUUAGCUUUAAGUAGCUUUGACUCUAAACUUAAUCCCUCCUGAUACAUUCAUUAUCCAAAGUGGGUUUAAUUGUUUAACUAUAACUUGCAUGGGGACCAAAAAUAUAUACUGCAGUGUUUCCUGCAGGUAUCUUUUAAUUUAUUGAAGUGUGGGAUCACAAACAACUUGUGCAUUCAAAUAUUUCCAGACCUUCAAUAGGGCAUGGCUGUCCUUUGGACAUAGACAUGAAUAGUAGUCUGGGGUGAAGAGGCUUUUAACAUUUCAUGUCCUGAAGUGUUUUUGGUGACCAUAACUUCAGACAUUAACACAGCAGCUUGUAACUACUGAAUGCAUAUAAAGAAAAUCCUCUACUGUAUAGUAGAUACAGUUUGGAUGUGUUAUUUAUUUGUUUCUUCUCUGUGUUGCCCAAUUGCAAGUGGGUCCGCAGUGCCUCUUAAUUAUUUUUUUUUACUAUCUGCAAUUGAUCCUUUUUUUUUUUUUUUUUUUUUUUUUUUUUAUAGCCAAAUAAAUUACACAUUUAGUUUUUCAUUUAUCCUGUUUUGUAUCUUUGUGAGGUCAUGCUUAAGAACAAGAUUGCUCAUUGUACUGAAAUAAAAAUUCUCACACAAGUGUAGAAACUUGUGUUUGUCAUUAGGACUCAUUGUUUUACAUUUGUCAAGUUUUACAGGGUCUGCUUUUACUUUAAGGGCAUUGUAGGUCUUGAACAAACACAAACCCUUCUGCCUUUUCCAUUCAGAAGCAGUAAUUAAGUGACCAUCUUUUGUAUUUUUACUGUUAACUGUACUAAUCUUGUAUUGAUGGGUAUGAAUUAAUAUGAAUACGUAAUUACCUGUUGUAACACCGUUUACCAGCUCAGUGGCUAUUUCAAUCGUCUCAUGUCUGUGACAUGCUGGGCUAGUUAUAAUCUUGUGAGUUUAGGAUAAGUAUUUAUAUUGUUAUAUAUAUUUACUGUUCUUGAAGAUGCAGCACUUUUCAAAGCCCUUUGCCUUGUGUGGUUUAAUGUAAUCAUGGAUGAUUUUCUUACAUACUUCCAAUCAUGGGGUGAAUGAAGGUGUCUUUAUUCUUUUUUUAACCUUUGUAAAAACUUUGCCGAAGAUGGACACAGACACCUGACCAACCUAAACAAGCCUGAUCAUUACCACAGUAUGAUGAAUCCUGGAUUGCUUAGUCUUUUCCCCAGGCUGAAUGUUGUGACUUUGAUUUAUAGCAACAUAAUAAAUAAAGAUGCUUUUGUCAUUCAGCCUUUGACUUUGUUAAAGAUACUAUCUGUUUAACCUUGCUGGAAUUCAACAAAAAUUUAGCUUGUUUUAAUGAUUCAAGGCAUUUCUUGGCUAUAAAUUUUUUUUUUUUUUUUUUUUUGCAAGAAGGGCUUCAAGCAAUUUUGUGCUGCUUUAAUUUCAAUUUGUUUGUUGUUGUGACUUUUUGACCUCUCGGACAGAAUAAAAUCAUUCAUUACAGCAGCAGGCAAGGAUCAGAAAGAAUAGUUUUUAAAGUUGUAAGACUUUCAGGAUGUUGAGUACCACCAUUGUUUUAAUGUAUUUAUAAAUUGUUUUCUCACUAGACUUGGAUAUAAUGUAUACUGUGUAUAACCAAAAACACACGCAGUCAUUUGAAAAUAUUAACCCUUUUUCUGAAUUUAAAUGCACAUUUGCUUGCCCUGUUUUAACUCUCAUUUUUGUAACCCUAAUUGUAAGUCACUGAAGCCCUUUCUGUAGCAUCUUCCUCACAUUAUUCUCCUGAAAUUUGCCAUUCCUUAGAUAUUAAACCUAAUUAGUAACUGCCUCCAGUUUAAUGGUCUUAUUUUGUUACCUUUUGAAAUGUAAAAUAUAAAUCUGCUUUAAAUAUGAAUAUCUUUUGUCUUGUUAAAAUUAAGUAGAUGUAUCUAAUGCCUGUUUUUAUAUUUAAAUAAGUGUUUGGUUUUGGCCCAAAUUGGCUGUGAAAAUUUCUCAGAAUGUGCACUGUUUUUGUGAAUGUAUGGUUGCUUCAAUUUGAUAAGUGCUAUCUUUGAUUCCUUAAAAACAGGUCACACAUCGGAAAUUUUCCCUCAUAAGGAUCAUAAAAUGAUUCUGUAUUUUGUUCUAUCUAAGUGAUAAGUUUUUUUUUUAUGGCUAAAAAUAUAUUUCUAACUUAACCAAGGUAUUUUUAAAAUCUAGUGGUUAAUCAGACAUUUAUACGUUAUUUUAAUUGGUGAAUAUUGUGGGGGUUUUUUUUUUUUUUUUUUAAAGGCUUACAAUUUAGACAGUCUUCUGAUAGACGGACACAUAACUUUAUUAAUCCCAUGGGGAAAUUCGAAAAUUACUGAUUGGCUCUUGAAAAUAAUUUUCCCCACAGCAACCGUAUUAAAAUAUAUUAAUUUGUAACUAUGAUGUAGUCUCAAAUCUUUCUAGUGUUUGCAUUAGAAUUUGUAUUCAGGCUUUUUAACUUUAGGCACAGAUCAUUUUGUCUCCACAAUAACAAAACUAACAGCACUUUGCUAUAUUAGAAUGUGCUCUAGUAUUGCGUUGUAAAAACUUUUUUAAACCUUUGUCCAAAUCAGGAACAUAAUAAAUCAUCUCCAUAUUUAGUUUGCAGCAACAAAACAUUAUGUCUUUGUUUUUGCAAUAAACUGCAACCUUUAAUCAUACCUCAUGUUUAACAAAUAUUAGUGUGUUAUCUGCAUAGAAUUUAAAGUGAUUUAUGUACAGUUUACUGAAACUGGAUAUCAUUUACUGAAUUGGAUAUUCACGCAAAAUUUGGUUUCAGCUUUCAAUGUGUAGUUUUGUUCUGUAAACUGACUGCUUUUUUAAAUAAACAUGGAUUAGAUUUUUUACAUUCAGAAAUGUAUUUUUUUUAAUUUGACCAGUAAACUGGAUACUUGUGGAUGUUUUCCUGUAUUUUCUAAUGAAGUUCAAAGAAUCUGGUUAAAUUUCUCCUACUUGAAUAGUUUACUAAAUAAGUGAUUAAUUUACAUGAUUUUGUAAAACAGUGCAGUAUACACAGUUUACUGACUGCCAAAACUCAAGGUGACAUUCUACUUCUCUGCUCUGACAUAUACUGUAUGUUAAAAGCUAAAAUCCAAUGAGAAGGGGAAGCAAAAUGACACAUUUUAUUGGCUAACUAAGUAGAUUACAAUAUGCAAGCUUUCAAGGCAGCUCAGGCCCCUUUUUCCGGCAAGGUGUAAUACAGAAAGUGGAGUUACCUGUGUUUAUACAGUAUAUACACCAGGAAAGAUGUCCACUUUUAAAACCCUUCUGAGACAUCUUUAGUGUUAUUAACAGACCUCCCCAAUCUAAAGGUCUGUUAAUAUUUGAUAUUAUAGUUGCAUCGUAAGCUUUCUUAUUAGUUAGCCAGUAAAAGGUGUAAUUUUGCUUUGCUUCUCAUUGCAUCCGUAAAUGACUAACAGGGUACAUUACUCUUACAACUACAAAGCUAAAGUAGAAAUGCAUUUUUUUUCCUUCCUGUAAAAAUCAUGGGAACAAUUCCGAUAAAGAAAGCACGUUGCUUGUUCUAAUGACAGAUCUUAAAGGAACUGGAUAGUUUCUGGUUAGUUUGUAUUUCUUUUGCUAUAUGCUGCUUAGAAUAUUUAGAUUUAUUUCAUACAGUUCACCAGUUUUCUGUUUCUUGCCUGGUGCACUUGUGGUCUGUAUACAAAUCAGUAGGACAUGGGUGUGUGAAAUCUGUGUUUUGUUAUUUACCUCAAAAGACGUGCAAAGUUAAAUCUACAAAUAAAAACAAUGCAUUGAUGUU